GAGAGGAGGCAGGAAGGCAAGAUGUUACAACCAUGCUGUGUUCUAUGAGAAGAACCAAACAGGUUGAAAAAAAUGAUGAGGACCGAAAGAUUGAACAAGAUGGCAUCAAACCAGAAGAUAAAGCUCAUAAGGCCGCCACUAAAAUUCAGGUGUGCUUCCGUGGACAUGUAACAAGGAAAAAGCUCAAAGGAGAGAAGAGUGAUGCCCAAACCGCCGAGGCUGAAGCCAACGAGAAGAAGGAUGAAGCCCCCCUUGCCGAGGUGGAGAAGAAAGAGGACGGCCCGGCGACCACCGAAGUGGCCCCAGUGGCGGGCCCCAAGUCUGAGGAGAAGGGCAAAGCAGGCGAAACUCCUUCCAAGGAGAAGAAAGUAGAGGGAGCUCCUGAUGCUGCCGCUGAGAAGGCGGCCCCCCAGGCUGCUGCCCCUUCAGAGGAGAAGGCCGGCUCUGCUGAGACAGACAGUGUCACUAAAGCUUCCACUGGCAACUCGCCGUCCUCCAAGGCCGAAGAUGCCCCCGCCAAGGGGGAGCCUAAACAAGCCCAUGUGCCUGCUGCUGUCACUGCUGCUGCUGCCGCCACCCCUGCUGCAGAGGAUGCUGCUGCUAAGGGAUCAGCCCAGACCCCGACGGAGACUGCGGAGGGCAGCCCAGCCGAGAAGAUAGAUGCUGUAGAUGAAACCAAACCUAAGGAAAGCGCCUGGCAAGAUGAGGGUGAAGGAGAAGAUCAUGAGGCGGACCAAGAACAUGCCUGA